AACUAGGGCACUUUCGACUUUUUCCCUUACCGCCUCUAGUCUCGUGUCUUAUCAUCUUGGAUUCUCGAGUACAACAUCUAGACUAUUCUAUACGAUGCUCUCGUCAGGGUACGUCGAGCAGCAGUCUUACGCCCAACAACAAGCGACUAUGGCUAUGAAUACACUACUACCCACACCGCCCUCCUCACCACCACGGGUCGGAUUACAUCCUGUCGAAUCGACAAUUACGCUUCUCGAGAAUUUAGUCGCGUUCUAUCAUCAGGAACGGAUGUGGGUGUAUCGCACACGUGCACAACUAGAGAUGACACUACAAGAACGAGACGUUAGCACAGUAGCAACGGUAGAUGAAGAAGGAGAGAUGGAGAAGGAGGAGCCAGACUCUACUGAAGAAACAUCUGAAACAAGCAAGUGGGUGAAGAGAAAGAAGGCAUUUGGAUUAAAGCUAGAGGGAAUUGCAACGACGAGAGGAAUGCCUAGAGGUGGAAUCGUGAAGCAGCGUGCACCACCACCGAUGUUACCGGCGUUUGCUCACAGCAACCAGACUGGAGGACAACCUGUACUUGGAUCUAGUGGAAGGGAGCCUGGAGUGGAGAUCUUAGAAAUGUUUGAGAGGAUGAUGCAAGCUAGGAUGGAGAGCUGCGAGCGGGUUACUAGGAUGGUUAGAAACGCCAGUGGAGCUGGUUCACCAGGGUGCUCACCGCCUAACGGUCCGGUUUACGGUCAAAGUAGUUUCUUUAUAGGUGCUUAGCUAAGGGCUUAGCUGAUGGUGUUGGUUGUUUUUAUUUAUUUAUUAUUGAUGUAAUCCUCCUUC